AUGAGGCCCAUCAAUUCAGCAGCUCCAUCGAAACAACAAAACGCAGCCGUCCAGCCGCUGCCACUUUGCCCUUGCACCACAACACAAGUUGAAGUCCCACUCAACUCAACCGCCCGGAAAACCCAGCCGGAGUUGCUCGUCGGCCGCCACCAACAUUGUCAAAGAUCGUUCAGGUUUGGUUUAUUGACCAUGCACACCCCUAUUCGGAGGUGCCUGCAAGCGUUAACGCGCAAAUCACAGCCAACGUUAUGUCUCUUCACAGACCCAUCAUCUAUCCGCUCACUCUCCGUGGCGGCUUUUCCCAACGAUAAUAUUUCGUCGCCCCUUCCCAAUUUCACCAAUUCCAAAUGCAUCUCUGCUUUUAGACAAUGGUUCCACCCACGCUAUUUCUCAUCUUCCAAACAAGAUGAUCACGUCAAAAAUGAUGUUACACAUGAUGAAGAAGACGGCGAUGAGGAUGAUGAUUAUGAUGAUGAUGAUGAUGAUGAUGGAGAUUAUGAAGAAGAAGAUGAUGAUGAAGAUUGUGUUUCUGUGUCAAGUAGGAAAAAGGUGUACACGGCAGAGGAGAAGGAAGCAGAAGCAGCAGCUAUUGGAUACCAAGUGGUGGGGCCCCUACAAAAGGACGAGAAGGUUUUUAAGCCCUAUGAGCCUGCGUUCGCCGUUGUUCAGAUUGGUUCACAUCAGUUUAAAGUGAGCAACGGGGACAGUAUUUUCACUGAAAGAUUGAAAUUUUGUGAAGUGAAUGAUAAGUUGAUUCUGAAUAAAGUUUUGUUGCUUGGAUCUGCUAGUCAAACAAUUGUUGGCAGACCCAUAGUGCCGGAUGCAGCUGUUCAUGCUGUUGUUGAGGAGCAUGCACUAGAUGCAAAGGUAAUUAUUUUUAAGAAAAAGAGAAGGAAGAAUUACCGAAGAACCAAAGGUCAUCGUCAGGAGUUAACCAAGUUAAGGAUAACUGACAUACAAGGAGUUGAGAAACCUCAGAUCGAAUUGACUGAAAAGCCUUCAAAAUCUGCUAAGAAGGAACAGGAAAAGGUUGCAGUUAGUGCUUAAAAAGGAUGUACCCCUCCUGGCUGUGUCCGGUAAUUGGUAUCUUUAUGUCUGAAUGAGUUUUUGAUGAAAUGAGAAUGGAUUUUAUUACUGAGAAAACUCCAUUUUCAUCUGGAAAUUCUUAGUUGAUGGAAGUAGUCAGCCAUUCACUAGAUAGUCAGGUUUUGUAGGAAUGGCUUCGCAAAAUUUUCCUUUUCCCUUGUAAUGUUGGAUUUAGUGCUUUUGUAUUUGAGCAUAAGUCAGCUUAUUCUUAAAUAAAUAGGUUUCAAGGUAUCAAGAAAUUUAAUAUUUUAUUCUUGGUUAAAACAUGAAACUGUAUAAUGCAUUGUACCUGCUUGUGUCAGAAAUGAAGUUACUCAAACUUCAUUAUUAAGGAGAAAAGUGAUUCUGAUUCAAAUCCUA